UCAAAUACUCGUCUCUUUGGUAUCUCAAGCUCAACCUACAAUGGCUAACAAAACUUAUAAUCCCAAGUCAGUACUUGUUAUUAUUCUUGUAGGUUUGAUUGUCUUCUCUUUGUUCCUUGUGAAUUCAUCGCAGGCACGGAUUCUUGAUCAGAACAACCACCAAAAUAAGCACAUUAAUAUUCUUGAUAGCCACCAACUUUUGCAUGAUUUGGGUUUUGAUCUCUCCAAGCUAAGGAAUUAUCAAAGGUUGUCCCAACAGGGCGUUGACUCCGAUAGAAUCUCACCGGGAGGACCAGAUCCGCAUCAUCACUAACUACAUUUAGUUAAUUCGCUCAAUAUCCUUUUCUGUUUGCAUAUCUACUAGCUAGUUGUUGUUGUCGUUGUUAUGGUCAACCACUUGGGUGAUAGUCUAAUGGUACAUUUAUCUAGGGUCAAGUUAUAUGGAUUCGGAAAAUUUCUGAGUUUGAUUCUCACUGAAAGCUAAUAUCAUUGUAGCCACGUGAUGCGUUUUGACCCAACUUAUUGUGUCAUCAAGUGGGAA